AUGGCGUCCAGGAUGCAGGCCGUGAAGUCUGUCACACGGACGAUGAUACCGCGAGUCAAGCCAGCAGUGGAUCUGGGCUUGAACACAAGUCAGAAAAAUGACAAGGCAGCGCUGGCCCUGAUCAACCCAGUCAAGGACUUAAAGCCGAAGUACCCGCCAGGAGGCCACGCGUACGUCUGGGGCGUCACUUGGCCGGGCCACUCUGACAAGUGGGGGAAUGAGGAGGCACCCUUCGUCGACUGGGAGGAGGUCGGCGAGGCCUUCAAAGUGUGGAAGGAUAUUGGAAUCGGUUCCCCCUUCGAUUACUUGAAGGGAUACCUUGCCGUCCUCAGUGAGGUGGCCUCCUCCAAGCUGCCUACCAAGAGUCACUGA